AUGCGUGGAAGUGAUAGAAUGUUGCUCUCGGACCGCCGGACAGUACGCAAUAAGAAAGUCCCAGCUCCGCUACCUUCGAUGCGAAUAUUAAACCCCUUGGGGUUUGAGAAUCCGAUCGCUCGUCACCCAUCUCAGCCGGGGCAACAGAGUCAAGGCUAUGCAAAGUUGCUUGAACCGCUGGAGCAAGAAACGGUUCCAAAGAGGGAUCUAAACAUGGAGAGUGACUCGGACAGAAUCAAGCGGCCCAUGAACGCGUUCAUGGUUUGGGCACAAGUGGAAAGGAGGCGGCUCGCGGAUGCAAACCCAGAGCUUCAUAACGCGGAGCUAAGUAAAAUCUUAGGUCAAGCUUGGAGAGCACUGAACGGGUCGCAGAAACGUCCCUUCAUCGAGGAGGCUGAACGUCUGCGACAGCAGCACAUCAAAGAUCACCCCGAUUACAAGUAUCGCCCGCGGAGAAGAAAACACCCGAAGAGAGUGUGUAAAAAAAUGUCAGCUGGUACCAGCCCGACCUGCUCGAUGGUGCGCAUUCCCAAGGAACCAACAGCUCAUGUCUCGUGCCAAAGUUCGAACGCUGAUUGUAGACAGUUCCAGUUCAGUUCAUCCGAGUUAAAUUCCACGAACUUUGAGCCGGUUUCCUCACAGAUGAGUCUUCCCGGUGGAGAAAUUAAGCUGUCCCAUCUUGGUCCGCCGGCGCUGCCGAAUUUGUCCGAGAUAAGCCUCCCCACACCUGAGACAAGUCCUGGUUCAAAUGAAUUUGGUAGCGCCUUUAAAUUCCCAACGUGCUGGCAAGACAUCCAAAAUGCGCUGCUUCAACCAAAAUCGCAAGCGGCUUCACAAGCGCCUUACACCGCCGUAUCCGCCUCGAAUUCGGCGCCUGUUAGCCCGAUGCAGUGUCUCUCGCACGGAAAUGUACAAAUGUUAAACGCACUCAUGGCUGGCAACGUGAACAGUCAAUUUGAACACGGUGAUUCCAGCCAGCUCUUUCCUUUUGCUCAUAUCAGGGAGCUUAUACCUGAAGAGGAUCAUUUUAACCUCGAGGAAUUUGAUCAGUACCUCGAUGGUACAGAAACUGCAAACAUUUCGUGGAUGUGA